UUAAUGCUUGCUGUUCUUACUUCCUGUUUACAGGAGCUGAAGCUGUGAGAAGAAGAGGCACGAGAGGUAGAGCUACAGGAAACAAGGGGCUUAGUGAAAAAUGGGGCAAUGCGGACUGAAGUGCUCCGGUUCCAUGUGAGAUCAAAAGGAGAGGCAACCACGAGGACGAACAAAAGGGCAGCUGGAGGAGGAGGCGGAGGAGGAGAGGGAGAAGGAGGAGUGGAUUUCAGGAGAGAAGAGGGCAUAACCUGGGAGACAAAGGGAUGGCCAAUGGCAACGAGACCAGUGAGGGGCUCGGCGGUCCCCUGGCGGCGGUGGUGGCCACGACGGGAGGAAUGGCAGUCGGGGGCCCAUCGUCAGCUGUGUCCACCUACAUCAAACUGGUCCUACUGGGGCUAAUCAUCUGCAUCAGCCUGGUGGGGAACCUGGUGGUGUCUCUGCUGGUCCUCAGGGACCGGGCACUGCACAAGGCCCCCUACUACUUCCUGCUGGAUCUGUGCCUGGCCGACACCAUCCGCUCGGCCGUCUGCUUCCCCUUCGUGCUGGUGUCCAUCAAGAACGGCUCGGCCUGGACCUACAGCGUGCUCAGCUGCAAGGUGGUGGCUUUCAUGGCCGUGCUCUUCUGCUUCCAUGCCGCCUUCAUGCUGUUUUGCAUCAGCGUGACGCGCUACAUGGCCAUCGCCCACCACCGCUUCUACUCCAAGCGCAUGACCUUCUGGACGUGCGUGGCGGUGGUGUGCAUGGUGUGGACGCUGUCAGUGGCCAUGGCCUUCCCACCUGUCUUUGAUGUGGGCACCUACAAGUUCAUCCGCGAGGAGGAUCAGUGCAUCUUCGAGCACCGCUACUUCAAGGCAAACGACACACUGGGCUUUAUGCUGAUGCUGGCUGUGCUGAUCCUGGCCACGCAUGUGGUCUACAUGAAACUGCUGCUCUUCGAGUACAAGCACCGCAAGAUGAAGCCCGUCCAGAUGGUGCCAGCUAUUAGCCAAAACUGGACCUUCCACGGGCCUGGCGCCACCGGCCAGGCGGCAGCCAACUGGAUCGCAGGCUUUGGUCGGGGCCCCAUGCCGCCCACCCUGCUGGGCAUCCGGCAGAACUUGCACAACCAGAACCGGCGCCUGUUGGGCAUGGAGGAGUUCAAGGCGGAGAAGCAGCUCGGCAGGAUGUUCUACAUGAUCACCCUGUUGUUCCUGGUGCUGUGGUCACCCUACAUAGUGGCCUGCUACUGGCGGGUGUUUGUCAAGGCCUGCAUCAUACCGCACCGGUACCUCUCCACCACCGUAUGGAUGAGCUUUGCCCAGGCAGGGGUAAACCCCAUUGUCUGCUUCUUCCUCAACAAGGACCUGAAGAAGGGGCUCCUGGCACACCUGCCAGCCAGCUGUAGGACUAAACCUCAUCUGCCCCGAGAGCCUUAUCGCGUCAUGUGA